UACAAUAAGACAAAUUUCAAUUCAAGUUGCUCCUCUCUACUAUAUGAGCAGCUUAGAAUAUUUAGCAGAUGAAAAAGGAAUAAAGCAAAAGGGGAGAAAAAGCCGAUAAAGUUUCUGGCUACAAUACAAGAGACAUAUCAUUACCAUAUGAUCUAAUGUGGGUGUCAGCCGGAUUGUGUUCAUUGAGGGAAACCUUAUUUUUUAACUGUGCUAUGGAGUAGAAGCAGGAGGUUUUCAACCUAGUGACAGUCACAGAGCAGCACCUACCCCCUCCUCCUUUCCACACCUGCAAACUCUUUUGCUUGGGCUGAAUAUUUAGUGUAAUUACAUCCCAGCUUUGAGGGCUCCUGUGGCAAAUCCCCGGAUUAAAAGAUUCCCUGGUUGUGAAAAUACAUGAGAUAGAUCAUGAAGGCAACCAUCGUCUUCCUCCUGCUUGCACAAGUUUCCUGGGCUGGACCAUUUCAACAGAGAGGCUUAUUUGACUUUAUGCUAGAAGAUGAGGCUUCUGGAAUAGGCCCGGAAGAGCGUGCUCCUGAUUUGCCUGAAUUAGAGCCCCUGGGACCAGUAUGUCCCUUCCGCUGUCAAUGCCAUCUUCGAGUUGUCCAGUGCUCUGAUUUGGGUCUGGAAAAAGUGCCAAAGGAUCUUCCCCCUGACACAACGCUGCUGGAUCUGCAAAACAACAAAAUAACCGAAAUCAAAGAUGGGGACUUUAAGAACCUGAAGAACCUUCACGCAUUGAUCCUUGUGAACAACAAAAUUAGCAAAAUCAGCCCUGGAGCAUUCACACCGUUGGUGAAAUUGGAGCGACUUUAUCUGUCCAAGAAUCAGCUGAAGGAAUUGCCAGAAAAAAUGCCAAAAAGUCUUCAGGAGCUGCGUGCCCAUGAGAACGAGAUCACCAAAGUGCGAAAAGCUGUGUUCAAUGGCCUGAACCAGAUGAUCGUCAUAGAACUGGGCACUAAUCCACUGAAGAGCUCAGGAAUUGAAAAUGGAGCCUUCCAGGGAAUGAAGAAGCUCUCCUACAUCCGCAUUGCUGAUACCAAUAUAACCUCCAUCCCUCAAGAUCUUCCUCCUUCCCUUACUGAAUUACAUCUUGAUGGCAACAAAAUCAGCAAAGUUGAUGCAGCUAGCCUGAAAGGACUGAAUAAUUUGGCUAAGUUGGGACUGAGUUUCAAUAGCAUUUCUGCUGUCGACAAUGGCUCUCUGGCCAACACACCUCAUUUGAGGGAGCUUCACUUAAACAACAACAAGCUCAUCAAAGUACCUGGUGGGCUGGCGGAGCAUAAGUACAUUCAGGUUGUCUACCUUCAUAACAACAAUAUCUCUGCAGUUGGAGCAAAUGACUUCUGCCCACCUGGAUACAACACCAAAAAGGCUUCUUAUUCGGGUGUGAGUCUUUUCAGUAACCCGGUUCAGUACUGGGAGAUCCAGCCAUCCACCUUCCGAUGUGUCUAUGUGCGCUCUGCCAUUCAGCUUGGAAACUACAAGUAACUCUCAAGAAAGCCCUCAUUUUUAUAACCUGGCAAAAUCCUGUUAAUUGCUUAAAAAAAAAAAAUGAAAGCUAGAUACUGGAAACCUAAUGCAAUGUGGAUGUUUUCCCCACAUGACUUAUUAUGCAUAAAACCAAAUAUGCAGUUUAAACAAUUGCCUACAAUAAAAAAUAUUUUGCCUGCCAUUUUCAGAAUCAUUUUUUGAAGCUUUCUGUUGAUGUUAACUGAGCUAUCACAGAUAUUGUUUCACUAAAUGUAAAAUUUGGAGUAAAUGUGUAUGUCAACGAUUUAGUAAAGCUUUUCUUUUUUUUUUUAAUUUUCAGAAGAAAUCAAAUAAAAACAGUAUCAGUCUUCUGUAAUUCAUAGAACAGUUAGCUCCUUUGAUAUAAAGCCAAAUGCCAAACGCUAACUCUGUAUUAAUCCCCAUUACUACUAAUAAAGCCUCAUUUGAAUAUGUGAAUUCAAUACAGGCUAUGUAAAAUCUUUGCUAAUGUCAUUAUUUUGAAAAAAUAAAUUAAAAAUAUAUUCAAAAUUA